AUGCCCAACAUGCGAGCUGCCCUUGCGGCCGCGGCCCAGCGACGGCCUCGACGUGAUCGAAGCCACUCCCUUUCCACUGUCCCUCCGGCAGAGAACGACGAAGACUACAUCCCCGAGCUGGCAGCCAUAGCAGCAUCCAUCCUCUACAAAUCACCGCUUCCAUCUCUAGAAGGCCGACCAAUUUACGUACUCAACGCGGCAGCAUUCCCCGACGCCUUCGAGGUUGAUUACGACAGCUUACUCGCAUACGUCCUUGCACGCCUCCCUGGCGAAGACGAGUUGAUUGCAGGUGCGGACUAUGAGAUUGUCUUCUUCGCCGGCGGAACUCCAGACAAUGCAAUAGCAGAGAAGAAGAACGGGCCAAGCACUGGGUGGUAUCUCCAAGCGUACCACGUGCUCAGCAGGGCCACGAGGAAGAAGUUGCAGAAGUUGUAUAUCGUACAUCCUCGGACAUGGGUGAGGGUGCUUAUAAGCGUGUUUGGCACGAUAGUCUCGCCCAAGUUCCGACGAAAGAUCCUCCACGUCAACUGUUUGUCACAACUGGCGUUACACCUCCCUAUUGAGAAGCUGCUCAUACCGCCAAGUGCAUACCUGCAGGACAGAAAGGCCGUACCGGACAUAUACGCUCCAUUCGUGACGGGAAGACGGGCGUUUGGAGUGAAGCACCCUUUGCCCAAGAACAUCAAUACCGGAAAGUCGAGACCGCCCCGUGUCUUGAGGGAGACCACGAGCUUCAUUUUGAUGCCGUCCAACAUCGUCACAGAAGGCUUGUUCCGUAUCCCACCUCACAACACGCUCGCUGGGGUGCUGAAGGAGGCAUACGAUCGGGGCCAACAUUUCGUCGUAUGGAAGGAGAAAGGGGCAACCUUUGUACAGCCAGGUGUUGAUCCCUCGCUCAUUGACGAGGUCCGAUUAGAGGACGCAUACGGCGUACAUCUGGCGGCAUCCCUCAUCAAAACGUGGUAUCGAGAACUCAAAGAACCGAUUUUCCCCGAAUCAUGCUAUCCACAGCUAAAGGAAAAGUACGAAGAUCCCAACGUGCAGGUCACGCCUGAAGACCUUGUCGACUUGAUCUUGCCUGCGUCAAACGCUUCACCUUUGAGUCCUGUCUCGCGGGAGAUAGUGACAAGGCAUCUGUUGCCUUUGCUAUCUCUAGUGGCUUCACAUGAACCACAGAACAAAAUGAACGCCGAGAAUCUUGCAAUUUGCUUCUCGAUGUGCCUUUUGUGUGGCUCAAAUCAGAUGGAAGACGGCAAGAUGUCGGCGAUUAUCAAGAGGGUGCUGCAAGCAGCGAUUGAAGUCUGGCCGCAACUCCAAACUGGCUUGAGCAUCGACUCGAAAGCGUUCCUCAUUGACGUACAGCCACCGACAGAUUCGAAAGAAUACGAAGACCCACUAGAAGAUGUUCAUCCCAAAUCGAUCAAAGAGGCAGACGCUGGAGAGGAUGGAGAAGGACACCGAAUCAUCAUGAGCGAAGCUGACAGCCCGACAUUGCUGUCGCCGGAAGGAGAGAAGCCAGCACUUCCACCGAGACGAUCUAGAGCGGCAUCACUGAAAAAUGCAUUAACGCCACACAUUCCCAAUAUUGACAUACCGUCGAUACCAAGGCCCAGGAUUGGCCUGCCCACGCUACCGAAAAGGAAGCCUGCACCGCAAUAUGCUGAUCCACCUUCGCCGUACAUGGACGAUGCCCCUGAUGCACAGCUGAUCGAUGCGUCAGUCUCUCAACCUCCCCGCUAUUCCACAGUCUUUGACUCAGAUGGCAGGAGCAUACACGUAGCAGAUUCGCCGUCCACACACGUACCGGUCGAUGGGUUUGGGCCUCCCAGGAGAGCGGACUUCAGCUUCGCAGAUGACGAGAAGAAGAGACAGUCUCUGCCGACUCCAUCGUCAGAAACGAACCCUCACAUUGCUGUCCCCCAACGUAAAGCAGUAUCCUCGAGCUCGCAAAAGUCCUCGCCCGAUUCCAACAAGGCAGAACCGGUACUCGACACGAGUAGGAAAUCAUCCGAGACGAGUGCUGUUCUUGCGAGGAUGGCAGCGCAACAGGCGGCUAACAACCUUGCUCAGCGCCUAACACUGGAUGCUGCUUCGACGACGAAUGACCCCAACCCUAUCAACUCGGCGCCAGCGGACUUGAUCAAAACCCCAGCCAGUGCCACCUCAGAAAGCGAAGGCGUCUUCCGCAAGCCUUCCUGGCCCGCCUCCGCCGCCCGUCAAGCACCCAACAUCCAAUCCCUCUCCAAACCCAUCGUCCCCGUGCGCAAGACGCAGACCGUCCCGAUCAUAACCGGCGGCGAAGCAACCCUCUCCGCACCCCACGUCCCCAAACCACGAGCUCCCUCCCCGGGCCUCCUGAAACGAAUGUCCAGCAUGGAGAACUCGUCCCGAACCGUCGACAACAGCCCGCCCAGGAAGGUCUCGGGGAAUCUGGAGCCCCGAAGGCUGAAUUUGAAGAAGAACUCUGUCGACGACUUGCGGCGCCUUUAUGAGGAGCGGGUGACUACCGCGCAGAGUCUGCAGAGCGCGGCGAGGAGAGCGAGUAGUAAUCAGUAG